UCUGAUCCAAUCCUUCUUGCUCUCUUUGCUUGCGCUUUCGGUUACCGUCGUUCGGAGGCUUUGCUCGCUCUAGGGUACUAGCAUAAUUCUCUCGAAUCCGGCGUACGACGUGCUGCUGUGGUCUUGCAUCUCUGCGAAGGCCGCGAUCGAGUUCUGAAGAUGAAGAUUUUCGUCAAGACUCUCAAGGGCUCACACUUCGAAAUCGAAGUGCAGCCUCAAGAUAUGGUUGCUGAUGUGAAGAAAAAAAUAGAAACUGUUCAGGGUGCUGAUGUUUACCCUGCUGCACAGCAGAUGCUUAUCCAUCAGGGAAAAGUCCUUAAAGAUGGCACAACACUGGAUGAAAAUAAAGUUGCAGAAAAUAGUUUUAUUGUAAUCAUGUUAACAAAGAAUAAAAGUUCAUCGGGUGGGACGUCUUCUACCACACAAGCUGCACCAGUGUCAAAGGCACCACAGAACACUGCCCCUGCACCUGCUGCAACUCCAGUCUCAACAUCUGAAGUUCCUCUGCCAACUUCUGCACCUCCGGCUACUAUUACCACCUCUUCUCUUCCAGCUCCCGCUCCAGCGCCAGCUCAGGCACCUGCAACCACUGUCUUGCCAGAAUCUGAUGUCUACAGCCAAGCAGCUUCUAACCUGGUCGCGGGCAGUAACUUGGAGGAGACUAUCCAACAGAUUCUUCUCAUGGGCGGAGGGAUUUGGGAUAGGGACACUGUUGUUCAAGCUCUUCGUGCUGCUUACAAUAAUCCAGAAAGGGCUGUUGAUUACCUUUAUUCUGGCAUACCUGAACAAGUUGAAGUUCCACCUGCUGCUCAUGUUCCGUCUACUGUUCCAGUGACCAACCCUUCCGCUCAACCUGCACAGCCUGCCCAACCUGCGUCUGCGACAGCCACUGGUCCAAAUGCUAAUCCAUUAGAUCUCUUUCCUCAGGGUGUACCUAAUUUAGCUUCCGGAGCCGUUAGUUCCGGCAGUCUUGAUUUUCUACGAAAUAGUCCUCAGUUCCAAGCUUUGCGAGCUAUGGUGCGAGCUAACCCUCAGAUACUCCAGCCUAUGCUUCAAGAGUUGGGUAAACAAAAUCCUCAGCUUAUUAGACUUAUUCAAGAUCAUCAACCUGACUUCCUCCGCUUGAUUAAUGAGCCUCUUGAAGGAGAAGGGAAUGUACUUGGGCAGCUUGCUGAUGCUAUGCCGCAGGCUAUAACUGUAACCCCAGAGGAACGGGAAGCCAUUCAACGGCUUGAGGAUUUAGGUUUCGACAGAGCUCUAGUGGUGGAGGUUUUCUUCGCCUGCAACAAGAACGAGGAAAUGGCUGCGAACUACCUUUUAGAUCAUAUUCACGAAUUUGAGGGUAAUCAGAAUUAAUUAGUCCAUUCUCUUUUCGUUGUGCCCAUUUUAAGAAACCCCCAAAAAGGAAAGGAAAAAGAAAUGACGGCCAAUCCAACAAGAAAACAAAAAGGAAAGAAUCUGUGUAUUUAUCCGUUGUGCUCCCCCCUCGGGUCUCUGUCUCUCUCUCUUUUCGCCUCUGGCCACAUUGUGAAUGGUGCUUGUUGUGAACAUAUAGAUGUGAAGAUGCAUUUUAUCCUUUUCAAUUUUAAUUCGCAACUCAAUACUUCGAGCCUGCCAUCCGUUCAUGUUAUAUAUACCGUCCGUUCAUUUUA